GCAUUGUUACCCAUUAGCUUGUUGUAAAUGCUAAAAUACAUUUCUACAUCACGUGCCAGAAGUGGGAGUCAGUCAGUCUGUGGUCUAUCAGGUGUGUCUCGGUUUAUUGCUUCACUUUUCUCCAGCUAUGAAGUGAUGUUAUGAGCAGAGAAUGUAAAGCCGUAUAACUUGCAACCUCUUGGGCCACAAUUUUGCUGUGCCUUAUAAAUGUGUGUAAUUUUAAGCACUAUCAGUACUUCCAUUGACCUCAGUGGGACUACUUAGAGUGCUUUCCGUUCACCAGACAGGCGUUUUUUCAGGAUAAGAGCCAAAGAUGACUCAUACAAGUGUAUGCAUCAUGGAUUUUUAUGUUUCCAUCACUAUUUGUUGUUACAACUUACCGUUUAAUAAAGGUUAAAUAUGUUGAGCUCAACUUCAGGUUCAGUUGUAAAAUAGCCAGUUUCUAUUCUGCACAUUUCAUCUUGCUGGAGCUUAAUGCUCUUGGGAAGGAUUGUGAUGUUGGCACUGCUCUCACUUUAUCCUUUUUGGAUCCUUUAUCAGCUCCAGCAGCUGUUUUGCAUAAGCAUGAUGGCUGAAGAAUAUGGAUUUUGCAAAUCAUUUUAUUUUUCCCUGCACUUGGCAGUGAGAGAUCAUUGUCUGCUUAGCAAUAAUGGCUUUUCCAAAAGCGAAAUGUGACAAACAAUUUCUAAUAAAUCAGACCUCGAAGAGUUUAGUAGUAAAAUUCAAUGACCCAUCACCAAUGUUUUAUACAUUAUGCAAGCUCAGUGCAAAUAUGGUGGAGAGCAUAUACAAUUACUCAAGAUAAUUAUUCUUAUGAGGGAAAAUGUUGCUGGGUAUUUUUUGUGUUAAAUCAUUGACUGCGGUUCCUAAUGUCAUUUUAGCAGGAGUGUCACAGACACUUAGAAAUUUGAUAAUUCAAAAUGAUAAUAACACAGGCAAAGUACCAGAGGUACUGGAAUUACUCUCUGAUAAAUCUGAAACAUUAUUAAUGGGGAGGUUAUUGUUUUGGAAGACUGGAGGUUAUUUUGUGCGUUUGAUUCGAUCCUGAAGAUGAGGGUUCGCUUCAUUGCCGAGCUCUCAUCAGCUGUAACAGCAUCAAACACUGCAAAGUCACGUCCCCAUGCAUGCGAAAGCCAUGAGGUGCAGCAGGAUUCCUAAGAGACAGCAGCCGGGUGGUCGAGUGAUGCAUGUUGAAGAUCUGUGACCACAGCACCCCACUUGCUCACACAAGCCGUGACAGACACUCCAAUGGCAACCCUGGCUAUCGCCGCUCUCAGUGGUCCACAAACCACUAAAAACCUGCAGCCUGCCUGCAAGAAAUCUGCACAGAAUUAACAGUUGGAUUUCCAGUUUCCGCUUCUAAUAUUGAUGGUCUUGAAAGUGCAUUUGGAUCCAAGACGUUUUCUAUCACUGAGCAAAUCAAGAGCCUCUUCUACUAUCUCAGAGCAAUGCAGACAGCUUAAUAUCAUAUGACCUCAUUUCUCCAAAUUAAAUGAAAGAAGAAUUUUCUCUAGCUUUCCAUGAAGCUCAGCUACUGCCUGUUAAUUUUGACUGUUAGUGCUGAUCUUUCAAUUGGAUUUAUGCUGGAAAAUGUAGCUUCUAACAGGACGGUUGCUUUUGAGUCUUUCAAUGCAUCACUUCAUACAGUGUCUCCAGCUUUACUGAGUUCUCCAGCACACCAUGAUCUCAUAGCCAAAGAGGGGACCAGUAUUUUAAUUGAAUGUAAACUGAACAUCAGCCAGUAUGAAUAUAUUCUCUGGUACAACUCCAGAGGACACCUGCUUGAACAGAAAGAUGAAGGUGGCCGGUGGAGGAUUGCUGAUAAUUCCCUUAACAUUACAAAGGUCAAGUUUGCUGACCGAGGGCGAUACACAUGUGCAGCUGUUGGUCGUAAUGACACCUUGUAUUACACAGUCACCCUGAGGGUUAUCUUCACCUCGGGAGACAUGAGCAUCUACUACAUGAUCGUGUGCCUCAUUGCCUUUGCUAUCACCCUCAUUUUAAACAUAACCCGUCUGUGCAUGAUGAGCAGUCACCUCCGCAAAACUGAGAAGGCCAUCAAUGAGUUCUUCAGGACGGAAGGGGCUGAGAAGCUUCAGAAGGCUUUUGAGAUAGCCAAGCGGAUCCCCAUCAUUACAUCUGCCAAAACACUCGAGUUGGCCAAAGUCACUCAGUUUAAAACCAUGGAGUUCGCUCGGUACAUAGAAGAGCUCGCCAGGAGCAUUCCCCUUCCACCUCUGAUCCUGAACUGCAGGGCCUUCAUGGAGGAGAUCUUUGAGGCUGUGCGCGUUGACGAUCCCGAUGAAGUUGGUGUGGAGGAAAAACAGCCCCAAGCCUGUGGUACCCAAGCUGCGAUAUACCCCGUCAACCCAGAGAUCAAGCGCAGCGUUUCACCAGCCGGGGAUUCAGACGAUGGGUCCGUGAACGAACAAGGUCAAGAGAUCGCCGUUCAGGUGUCCAUUCACCCGCAGUCCGAAGUGCAGAGCAUUGACACUGUUUCUCAUGACAGCUGCCAGUUUGCACCUUCUGAGGAAGGCGCCUGCUGAGUCCAGCAGUUCACUGUUGUGAAGGAAGCACAGGUGACCUUGGGAUACUGCGAGAAAAGGGUCUGCAAACAACCUGCCUCAGUCCCAUAUGCACAAGAGUUUUCUAAAUUGCCAAGUGCCAGAACUGUUACUGAAAUGUUUUCUGUCAGUGUUGAUCUAACGAUGUUCAGUCUGUUAGAGAAGACCGUUUGGAAUAUUGUGCAGUGGCUUUUCUUUUUAAAGCAAGCUUGCUAUACUUAAAAUAUUUACGAAACAGGAAUUCUUUGUUCUUGGCUCCUUGGUAGCUUCUGAUACUUCUGACCUGUGUUAGAAGUGGCCAAGCCAAGCAGUACCACUUGCAAUAAGAUCUUUUCCUUUGUGAACUCUUUUCUUCCUUCACAAAGUGGAGCUGGAAUUCCUUUGAGUCAGUGUUGUUGUCCUGAUGAAUUGAGUGGUGUGCUCUUUUUGAAUUGCCUCUUGGUGCGUGUAGCCCAUCGGAACCAUGGUGAGCUUGAACAAAUAAAUCUGUUUUGUGUCAUGUGCUUCAAUGUUGCUAUCAAAAUGUACUGUACUGAGGAAAAGAAUAGUGCCAGGAUCUGCUGCUGGAUUAAAUGACUUGUCGUAGUUUUAAAGCAGCUUAGAGAACAACCAGGUAGUCUCAGUUUUUUCUGCAUCUGCAGAAAACUUGUGUGUGCUCCAAGUGUGCAGAGAGCAGAUCGUUGUGACAAAGCUUGUCGCUUGAACUUGGUGCUGAUUGCCAAAGCGCCUUACCCUGGUGCUGUCUUACAGAACGGAGCAGUAACAGCACUGCCGGCACUGUCUGUCUUUUGACUUUGCUGAUUUCAUUCACUAUAGAAAAUCCAAAGUUUUAUAUUGUAUUUAACAUUGUUGUGAGGAAAAAAAUGACAGUAAUCACAUAGUGGCAUCAUUGGAAAGUUAUUUCACCUGCAGAUCAGGUGUCUCAGGCGCUUCUUUGGGAACAGCAUUAUAACAAAGGAGGUGAAAAGCAGUGACACUCCUUUUGCUCUGGCUGGCGUUUUCAGAACGCAGUGAGGAGAGCGCGGUUUGCGGAGGGGCUGGCUGAGCUGUUUGCCAGCGCUGUGUACAGGAGCAGAGGAACCCGCUGACCCUGCCCCGUCUCCUGAGGAGCGGUGGCAGAGGGAGCGGCGCAGGUGCCGACAUACGUACAGGACGUAGGUACCUCACUGAGGAUCUCCCCGUGGCUCCCUCAGCCGUGGAGAUCCAGCCAUGAGAAAUCAGUGCAGAUGGGAAUCUAGUUUCUUUUUUCGCUCUUCGGUGCUGAUAUUUUUUUCUCCUUAACAUUUGUAAGUUGUAUCACUUAAAUAGCAUUUUACAUCCUGUUGAGAUUUAGUAGAUGUAAGGCUUGUAAGCACUCCACAAAUUAAUUUCUUACAACUACUGGAAGCAUAUUGCCAUAUAAUUUUAACAACUUGGCAACAGGAGCACCAUUUAAUUUCCCACAACUCUUUUUUCUUUCGUUAUUAUUACAGAAAUGUCAGUUGAACAAGUGAUUCUGGACGGCUUCUCAGGAUUCUUAAGAGGAUUUGACAUUACAUUUACAUGAGUAGAGAUGGAAAACAAGCAGGCACAGUGGUAAUAACAGGGUGGGGCCGUCUGUUGUAAUGUGUGCUUGUAAAAAAGGGUCUGACCAAAUUAUAUUUAUCGUAUCAUGUCUGAGGAUGGGAAACUGAAGCAUCUAUUACCAUUUUAAACUACAUUCUGGGGAAAGUUCUGCAGUCGUACACCAGUAAAUGCAGCCAAAUUAAGGGUAAGGGUGGUGUUGGUCAGGAAGAACAGGCCCAGCUUUGGGUACUGUUGCUUUCCCACCAGCUUGGUACCAUUUCCAAGCCUGUAGCAAACUGUAUCUUCUUCAGGGAGUAAAGCCUGGUGUAGGAACAGACAGUAGCUACUACCCUCCACAGUAACUUCUUUUUUACUUCUAUGUUUGAUGGCGCUUUAUGUCCAGGUGAAAAGUUUGUGUCGUUUUGUGUAACCUGUCUGGUUUCUUUAAGUUUUUUGAGGUGAUCAGUGUUUAAAGAUACUCUUGCGGAUAAACGCCUAGUUCUCUUAGAAGCCCUGCUGAGAUGCUGCUGGCUUCACUUCUGUACUACAAUGAGCUCUUCAGGUCUGUGACACAUGCGCAAAUGGAGAUUUGGGGGUUUGCACCAUAUUGGUUUUCCUAGUUGAAAGAGGUGAAGGCUGAAAGAGAGAAUGAUCUGGUUUAAUCUCCUUUGUGCCACAGGCCAUCAGGAUUGUAACCGCACCUGCCUUUUUUCCCCAUAAACAGCUCUCCCUGCUUCUGUGGAACUGUUGCAUUAUAUAUGGCAGUAGCAGCUUAGACAUUUUGUCCUGAACUACAUGCACAACAUGGAGAUGCAGCUACAAAAUCAAAGCUCCAUUUAAUUGCUUCCUAAGAAGCAGUUGUGCAGUCGAGAUUGACAGAUGUCUCAUCAGAAGUAGCGGCUUACAGGCAGCAGAAUGACACCAGAGGUGUGUCAGAUGGGUGUCAAGAGAGCAGUUUCUAGAUUAGCUCAGUCUGUUCUUUGACUUUACUUUCUUUACAGAGCUCCAGUUUCUCACGAAGCACAGUUACCUGGUGUCUGUGCGUCCUCUUGCCAGUGGAGAGGAAACAAUGACCAUGUGUAAAGGUCCUUGGAAACGCAGUUGCGGUGUCAAUUGCUGUGUAGCAAAGCUCAGAGUUUCCCUGAAUUAUUACAGGAUUUUGUUCGCUAAAUUAAUUUCAUUCCUGAGGAGAAGGCUGUUUUGUAAGGAUUUCAGUAAAUGGGGAGUACCUACUACACGUAGGAAGUGAUCCUACUCCCACUGAAUUUAAUUAGAGCAGAUUUGAAGCUCCAGUGUAUUUUACAAACAAUAUUACAGGAUUUGUAUCCAUCUGAAAGCAAGGAUGGUGGUGAUGUUAUGCAGUAAAUGUAAUUUCCAGAGAAUGAAACCUGACGCUGGUUUCCAAACAACUUGUGAACUGUUCUUGUUAUCCAGAGCAGAUGUGUGCACUUACAUUUGCUUGAUGCAUCUAAUUGAACGUUAGCAUUGAAAGAUUAUGUAAAAGUCAGUGUUUCUCUCUUAACUUUUUGUAGGACAAGAGUCUACAGUGGUUUCUUUGCUUUAAGCUACAUUCUUUGACAAUCACAGGCUAUUUUAUCUCUUCUUUUUGACUUACUUUUGUUUUAAAUAAUGCAAAACCUCCUUGUUAUCCGAGAGUACCUAAAACUAACUUUGUAGUGGUUAUUUGUAUUACCUGGAUUGUAAUGUAACUGUUUAAUGUAGCCACAUAGGAUUUCAUACUUUCAUAAAAUGAACUGGUAGAUUUGCAAAAUAAAUUAAAAACAAAACCCUCA